AUGUCUCCCUGGAGCCCUCGGCGGCUGCUCUCAACACGGCAGCCGAACCAAACCCCGAGUCGGCGAACCAAUUUGAAGAUCGAACUCGAAACUCCUACGGCUAUUCUCCACGGAUAUUUCAACAGUACCAGCGACGCCUACGUCUCGGGGCGACUGUUAUUCAACGCGGAAGAAACCAUACAAGUUGAAAGCCUCGAUGUUACACUACAACUUCAUGUGCGGUACAAACGUCCUUGGAAAAAGAAUUGUGCCAACUGCACCCAGGACUUGAUCCAAAUAUCCCAACAGAGUAUUAUAUCCACCUUGACACCACUACCUAAAGGGCAACAUGACUUCAGCAUGUCCUUUAUUAUCCCAAGCCACCUUCCCAUCUCCAUGGAUACGCCCCUUUCGACAGUAGAAUACGAAGUAUACGCCAAGGCUCUUUUUACGGAACAAGAACCCAUCAUCACAAAAAAGAUCUUCAAGGUUGAGCGGAUACUUGAAGCCGAAUCUAACAAACAAUUUCAUACCUACAACUUCAACUCCACCAACAUCAUAGCCACAUUAUGCCUCAACAGCGUCAUUCGUCCUGCUGGAACCAAUUCGGUCUCAAUUCGAAUCGAUAACAUCACCUCAAGUCUAGCCAUCGGACUUGAGGUGUGGAAACUUCACAAGGUUACUUGGAAACUUGAAGAGUCUGUUUCCGUCGCCCUCCCCAACUGCCCUCGUCAUCCAACAACCCCAGCGACUAGUCAGGGAACCAGUAACGACCCAACCCAACAGUCAGAGACCCGACUUCUUGGAAAAAGGAGUCUUCGCCAUGGGUGGGAAGAACACACAAACGAAUCCCAACCCCACAUUACCUUCAGCUUCGACUACAGUCUCAACCGAGCUGGCCCCGAGACUAUCUAUGCAUGUGAGGAGAGCGCCGGUCCACAGGUGACACACGCUCUUCUCGUCGAGCUUCAUCUGGAAAAGCACUUUGUGCUACCAGAGUCCCCCUGGAUGACGUCGCCCCCGAGGGCUGAAACUACUCUGCGCAUGACACGACCUGUUGUUUUGACGGAGCUGGUUGAGCCGAGUGUCCCGCCAGCUUACGGUAACUCGGCCGAUAGUCCACCCGAGUAUGCCGAUGUAAGCUAUUGA